GUCUUAUCUCUUGGGCACGACUUAUAAAUACUAUAUUAUUUCUAAGGAAAAAACUAGUAGUCUCACCAGUAAUCUGUCGAUCAUUGCGCUCAAAAUACAAAACUAUGGCCAAUAUUCUAGCGACUUUGUUAACUUUUGCACUAGUCCUGAACAUUGCUUUAUCCAGCUCUACGCCAGAAGCAGUGGAAGAAAAAUGUCCCUUCAAAGGUAGAUUCUAUUACGACAAUCGCAUAUGCACGUGCAGUAAGGAAACGAACGAGAUCGAGUGCAAAGAUCGCGUGAACGAAUACAAAGAUGAGCUCCAAGUGACUCAAUUGCAAAGCGUCAAUGUUACCUGCGAGCCCGCUUCCCUAUUCGAUCUCGACUGCUCGCACACGUGCGUCUGUGACGCCGAAGGAUCAUCGGCCCUUUGCACCUACAGCCAUAAACAGUGCACAGAUGAGCAAACCAAAGAAUUAUUAAAUCAGUGCACUCCUGGAAGCAUAUUGAACGACGACUGCAACACUUGCGUUUGCGACGAAAGCGGCAAACCUGUCUGCACAAAAUUAGAUUGCGAUUUGGCCUAUAGCGGAAGUAGUCCAAAUGGAGAAGUUAUUUGCGUACCCGAUACUUCGUACGUAUUGCAAUGCAACGAUUGCGACUGUACACUUGAUGGUCAAGAAUCUUACUGCAACAAAAUGGGAUGCAGUCCCUUCUACCCGGUCUAUCACGAAUCUCUUACAAACGUAACGACGAGCUGCGAACCAAAGAAAAAAUACGAAAGUGGUUGUCAAGAAUGCUACUGCGGUGAUAGCGGUACCUAUGCCCUUUGCGUUGGAAUCGAGUGUGGUGAAAAUAGCGAACCUACGAAUACCAUCGAGAAAUGUUUACCAGGCUCUAUAGUGGCCAACGACUGCAAUUCCUGCGUUUGCAACGACGACGGCAAGGCCGUGUGCACCAAGCUAUCCUGUGAUCUGAAAUUCAAUAAAGUUUAAUUUUUUUUGUCAAGUCUUUAGUUAUUCCACAAAUUAUGUAUUUUUAACGAUAUUAAAAGUUACAUUGCAAUAUUUAA